AUGCUCGUGCUGCAGACAACCAUCACGUUUAAACCCUACGACUAUACCUUUGCACUCUACUUCACCCAAAAUGCCGCGAUGAACUGCGAGGUCCGUACCACCGGUAUUUUCUCAACCGCUCCUAUCAACCUAGAAGACUCUGUUCCGUAUAGGACGGUGACCCAGCAAUCAACGGACAUGAGGACCUCCCCCAUGGUCGAGGAAUCACGUCGGAUGCUCCCUGAUUCACCGCACGCGGCGGAAAGGAAUGUCCCCAAUUGCGAUCAUUCCUUGCGACUUCCUGGUGGGAUGAGCUCCACGGAGGACUUCUGGAAAUUCCUGCCGCUGGAUGACCCGGCAAUUCGUAACUUCUUCGGAGUUUGCGGCCGGGUCUUCAAAAUCGUCAACGAGCGAGUUGCAAACCCUAUGACAAACAAGACGCAGCCUUCGUAG